AGAGAGAGGAGCACAAGCUUCACUGGUCUUGACCGCAGCACUUUGUCUGGAUGGCGGUUGAUGCUUCUAACCAUCGGUCUUUGCCUUUGUUGCUUUCUCUCGUCACUUGAUGCCAUCAUCGUCAGCACAUCCCUUACUACCAUUGCAAAGGACUUCCAGAAUCUCGAGAAAAGCAGCUGGGUGAUAUCGAGCUACUUGACCUGCUACUUCAGCUUCAUGAUCAUAUGGGCCAGGGUGAGCGACAUGAUAGGGCGAAAGCCCAUGCUCAUCACUGCCGUGAUUUUCUUUCUGGCCUUCUCUGGGGGCUGCGGCGGAGCCGGAACAAUGCUACAAUUGAUUAUCCUUCGUGCCUUUCAGGGUAUCGGUGGCGCUGGGAUAUUCAGCAUGGUGCCCAUUGUCGCUGCGGAGAUGGUCUCCCCCGACCGCUACGCGCUUUAUAACUCCAUCAUAUCCUUGACAAUUGCAGUCAGCUUCCUGCUUGGACUGUUAAUCGGGGGCGCUAUCUCAGACGGCACAACCUGGCGCUGGAUCUUCUAUAUCAAUCUCCCAGUUGGCGCCAUUGGUAUCGUUCUAAUUUACCUUACUAUGCCAGCCGCAUUCCCCGAUGUGUCAAAACCAACGUCCCUCUGGGGCGCUCCAAAGCCUGUCAAUUUUCACGGCAAAGUCGACUAUCCAGGAUUCUUCAUCCUCCUUGCUGCCUGUAUACUAUUAAUUGUGGCCAUCGAAGAAGCAGGAGUCUCGUUCGCGUGGGACUCGGCUCUUGUUAUCGUCUUCCUAGUUCUAUCUGUUGUUCUUCUCUGUGCAUUUUUGAGCUGGGAGUGGCACGUACACCGAAGCAAAUCCAUCAGAGAGUCCGUGUUCCCGUGGGAAUUUGUCAAAAACCGAGUCUUAAUGGGAACACUCCUAACUGCCCUACUAUCAGGCGUGCCAUUCAUGACACUGAUCCUGGAGCUGCCGGGACGGUUUCAAACCCUGAACAACAACUCAGGCCUAGAUGCAGGCAUCCAUAUCUUGCCCCUCACUCUGACAAUUGCUCUUGGUUCGGGCUUGACCGGCAGACUGACAGCCCGUGGCCGAGUGCCACCCUUCCUGGUGUUUGUGGUCGCCGCCAUACUGCAGGUGCUAGGCGUCGGACUGCUAUACUCCGUCCACCCAAGCACAGCCUUACCCGCGAGGCUUUACGGCUAUCAGAUCCUGUCUGGCCUGGGCAUCGGUCUAAGCUUGACCACCGCAAUGAUGGUAAUGCCGUCGAUAGUUGACAAACGAAACCUAUCCGUGGCCCUAGGCAGCAUCUCACAGCUAAGGAUCCUCGGAGGUGCCAUCGGAGUCUCAAUCGCCACGAACCUCUUGAAUAACACCGUAAAAAGCCGCCUGAAAUCCGAGCUACCGCUCAACAUCCUUGAAGACGUCUUGAAGGAUGUCGCCUCCAUGCAGAAACUCUCAGCGCAUGCACAAACGCUCGUUCGAGCUGCUUUUGCAGAUGGCUACCAGAAGCAACUCAUCAUGGUCCUUGGGUUCUGCGCCGCACAGUAG